AUGGAUACGUCGAUAACUAACAACGAUGAACAGCAAUUAAUUCAAAUGUUGGCAUUAUCACCUGACAAACUAGUACAAGAAGAAAAAGGCGUCAUUGUACAUGAAAAACCUACGACAAUCGUUACCGCUGACGUAAAACCGCCGACUAAAGCUGAAUUAAAACAGCAAACAUUUGUUUUACGUCUCUUCUCUUGGCCAUUGCAUCUGUUAGCGUCUUGUCAUAUUCCGCACUUUUCCGAUCGUAGUUUACGUCUAACAUUCCUCCUAUUCAUCACCCUAAUCGGUCUAACUAGUUUCACAAUCGCACUCAUCGUUGGUUCGACUGUCGUACAAUUUAAACAGCAAUGUUCUUUGUACGCGACGUUUAAUUUUGAAAAAUUAACUAAACUAAACGAGAAUUGGAUGCUCAAACUCAAUCCGGCAUCGGAAAGAUUCACUCCGCCGUCAACUUGUGACUUUUGUACGUUUUCGAAUGUCUUUACAUUCAUCUACUGUAUCAUGACAGGAUUUUUCUUCAUUCUAUUCAACGGUGAUCAUCGAGUCAUUCGAUCCAACGAUCGAUGUUUGAUCAUUCCGUGGUUCCCAAUGUCUAUCAUCCUCGGUCUUUUGGCUCUAAUCAACGCGUCUAUAUUAACGAAUGGCUUUCUCAAAUUUUGCGCAGCAGUCACGUCAAAUGAUAAACAAAUCACGUCAUGUGUUCAAUUAAAUCAAAUCGUUUUCGAACAAUACCCUAACGUCUCUUCGUUGUUUAUCUACAUGCUGAUCGCUAUUGUUGGCUCAUGGUUUCAAUUAGCAUUCUUUAUCGGUGUUGUAGCUAUACUUUUAAUUCGGCUCGGUUCGUCGUUCGACUGGAGUAAACAUCAUGAUACCGACGGGAAUGCCAAACCGAUUAAUAUAAUCAUGAAACCAAUCGAAAAAGUGGAGAAAGUUUAA